GUAUUUGAUUAAACAAAAAGGUACUAAGUCAAAUUCAUAUACAUGAUGCUCCAUUUGUUUGAGUCGUGUACAAUACAAGGUUGCAAGUUUUUUUUCUGUAAAACAUGACAUUAAACGCAUCACUUCCUGACUAAAUAUGCUGGAAUUACAAUAAUGAACUUCAGCAACAACACCUUUAAAAUGUUAAUUCACCCCUGCCAAGCUGUCAUUCUCCAGUGAGUCAUCGUAUAUCACCAGUGUCCGUCUGUUGCAUUUACUUUAUGUAUAAUGAAUUUGUUUUUCCCCACGGAACUGCAACGCAGCAUGUGACCAAAUCAGCUGAUACAGAAAAAAAGAGAAGGCGCGAGCGGGACGGAAGGCCGUCUUCUCGUAUGACGCAUGGUUCAUGCUACGGUACGCCAUUUGUGUCUAGGAGCAAAAAGCGCGGACAGUGGUGAUAGUCGCAUAACAAGAGGGGUUUGAUCCAGCUUUGAUAGCAAUGGUCAACUUCACUGUUGUAUAAUUUUAGAAGGAUAUGAUAUGAAUAAAACGUUGAUAUCAGGAGAGGAGGCUACUGAGGACAAAGUUUCUGAAAGUGACACCAGUGGGAAGGUGCAGCUGAAUGAUGUGGAAAUGGAGGAAACUAAAAGAGCCUCUCCCAGUAGGACUGCUGAGUCCAGUGAAGCAGAUGAGGAUCUUGCUGAGAAGCUAUGGCCAGACUCUGUAGCUGAAGACCGGGACAAUCUCUGCACAGUUUGUGGCUUCUCAGCCAAAUGCCCGAGAGCACUAAAGAUUCACUAUGCAAGAAAGCACGGAAAGAGCUCAAAGAACACAGACAGAAAUACUAAGCCAAGUGAGAAAAGUGAUGAAGUCUGUGAUGUGAGUCCAGCUGAAAUCCAGCAGGAGGUAGAGAUGGAGACAGAAAGUGGAGUAGAAGUUCAAGAAAACCAGGAGUCUGAUCUUUUAGUAGUAAAAUCUGCAGCCACAAAGAACACACAGAGUUUAACUAAAAAGCAGAGUGUUUUAGACAAACAUCAGGCAGAUCAAGAAGGAGCGAUCCCCACCCAAGAGAGAAGAGUAAGCAAGCGAACUCCAAAACCUAAGAUGAUUUAUUCUUGCAACUACUGUGGGCAAGAAUUUAGGGACAAGGCUCCUCUGGAUGUUCACACUCAGAGAUACCACACCAAAGACACCCCAUAUACAUUUGAUGUUGACGAGAACAUGGGAGAAGAAGAUGAAACUGAGGAUCCUGGCAGCUCUGUGAAGACUACUUCAAUACAAGUGGCACCCAAACGUACAAUCAGCAGGUUCCAGCUGAAGUGCGCAUACUGCGAGUUUAGGGUCAGCACGCCAGAGCUGCUGGAGAGCCACGCUCGAGUCAAACACUUGGACCAGGAGUGGUACCGCUGCAAAUUGUGCAACUUUUUUUCAGCCACAUCUGAAUGGAUGGAAGCUCACCUGUCCUCCGAUAGCCACAUGCAGCUGCAGAAGGGGAAAGACAGUGCAGAAUCUUCCUCAUUUGAAUUCUAUGUCGAGAGCGUGAGCAGAGAUGAUGCUGAUGGUACAAAUAUAAAUGAUAAGGCUCGGGUUGGUGGAGAAAAGGUAGCUAUUUUGGCAGAAGGAGAACAGGAAACUGAAGAGGCAGUUGAGGCUGCCAUAGCGGUGUUGGUUGAGGAGGAAGAUUUAGAGCUUGAACCUCCCAGAAAGAAAAGAGGAAGACCAAAGCAAGGGGCCACAACCACCUGUGGAUACUGUGGCCUGGUAGUGUCCAACGCUACCAACCUCAGCGUUCAUGUUCGCCGCAAGCACAGCAAGGAGUAUGGAUACAGCUGCACCCUGUGCAACUACAGCUGUGUGACCAAAGGAGACAUGGAUCGUCACUGUAUCACGAAGAAACAUGUUAGACGUGCACAAGAGUGUGCAAAUAAGAACUCAGUCAGCAAUGACACAAGUGCAUCACCGCAGGAACCCACAAGUGCACAAGCCCAGGAACCAAAUGCAGCCUCACAUACCAUUAACAAAGAACAGGAAUCUGAGAACCAGGCCUCUAAAGAACACAGCGGAGAAGAGCAAACUCAGACAGACACAAGCCAGAAAAAAAGUAAAUGUGACAGUGUUAAUGCUUGCAGCCGCUGUGAUUUUGUAGCGCAAUCAGUCCCUUCCCUCCAUCUUCACGUCAAGAGAAAGCACACUAAAGACUUUGAGUACGUCUGUCUAGCAUGUAACUACUAUGCUGUAACAAGCAGGGAGAUGCUUCGCCAUGCCAACACAGACAAGCACAAACAGAAAAGCCAGAAAUACCCGGAGCCACUGGAAAGAGAGGGACGACGGGCUUUGUCACUGAAACCGAAGGAGGUCAUCGAGCUUGGUGGGGCAAACUCUAAUCCUGAAGAUGAACCCCCUAGCCCCAUAGAGGAGCCUCGGUCUUGUUCAAAUGACUGUCAGCCUGCGGAAAGUCACAAUACAGCUAAAUCAUCCAUCACUACAGAACCUGGUGAUGAUGUGGUUACUAUGCCUGGCAGUACAGAUGAGAAGCAAACAGAGUGCAUUACCUCUUCCAGUGAUGGUGAACCAGAUCCAGCCAACCCGACUAAUAGACCCACAGUGCUGUCUGAAUCCCAACAGGCUCCAGCAGAUCUUCAGCCUACAGCAAAUCAGUCCAUGCAGCAGAAGAACCAGGAAGAAGGGGAUAAACAAGCGGAGGAUGAGCAUUUAAAUGCAAAAAGUGACAGCUCGCAUUCAGAUACACAAAUGUCCAAAGCCCAUUCCUUUGAUGCCUGCAUUGUAUCCAUAAAGGCCCUUGCUGAACAGGAACAGGCACUGCAGGAGGGCCUGGCUGUGGAAGGUGAAGCUGCUGUGAUUUGUUUGACUGGAGGCUCACCGGUUCCCUCAGAUCUUCUGGCUCCCAGUUCUGCAUAUAUCAAGAAACUGAAACACAAGGACGUGAAGGAAAGGGAGGAAACCAAAGGAAGCAGCUCUCGCAUACGCUGCGAGGACUGUGGCUUCAUGGCUGAUGGCAUCAGUGGCCUCAAUGUCCAUAUCUCAAUGAAGCACCCUUCCAAGGACAGGCAUUUUCACUGCUUGGUGUGCGGCAAGUCGUUCUACACCGAAAGCAACCUGCACCAGCACCUGACCAGCGCCGCCCACCUCCGCAACGAGCAGAACAGUGUGGAAGAGUUGCCCGAAGGGGGAGCGGCCUUCAAGUGUGUGAAAUGCACAGACCGCUUUGAAGCGGAGCAGGAUCUGUUUGUUCACAUUAAGGAGAAACACGAGGAGCUCCUGAGGGAGGUCAACAAGUAUGUGUUGGAGGACACAGAGCAGAUCAACCGUGAGCGUGAGGAGAACCAGGGCAGUGUGUGCAAAUACUGUGGCAAGGUGUGCAAGAGCAGCAACUCCAUGGCCUUCCUGGCACACAUUCGUACACACACAGGAUCUAAGCCCUUCAUGUGUAAGAUCUGCAACUUUGCAACUGCUCAGCUGGGAGACGCCCGGAACCACGUGAAGAGACAUCUUGGCAUGAGAGAGUACAAAUGUGACAUCUGUGGGUGGGCCUUUGUGAUGAAGAAACACCUCAGCACCCACCUAUUGGGAAAACAUGGAGUUGGGCAGCGCAAAGAGAGGAAGUUUGAAUGCGAGCUGUGUGAACGCUCCUUCAGUGAAAAAUGGGCCCUGAACAACCACAUGAAACUGCACAGUGGGGAGAAACCAUAUAAGUGUGCAUGGCCAUCUUGCCACUAUGCCUUCCUCAACCUGUCAGCCAUGAAGGACCACUACAGGACACACACUGGAGAGAAGUCUUACCUCUGUGAUCUGUGUGGUUUUGCGGGAGGCACGAAACACGCCCUCACCAAACACAGACGCCAGCAUACAGGAGAGAGGCCCUUCAGAUGCAAUCUCUGCAACUUCGCCUCCACCACGCAGUCCCACCUAUCGCGGCACAAGCGUGUUCACACGGGGGAGAAACCGUACCGCUGCCCCUGGUGCGACUACAGAUCCAACUGUGCUGAGAACAUCCGGAAGCACAUUCUUCAUACAGGAAAACAUGAGGGCGUGAAGAUGUACAACUGUCCCAAAUGUAGCUACGCCACCAACUCUCCCAUGGAGUUCCGCAACCACCUGAAGGAAAAUCACCUUGACAUUGAGAACCCAGACCUCGCCUACCUACAUGCAGGUAUUGUGUCCAAGUCUUUUGAGUGUCGUCUGAAGGGCCAGGGGGCUGCAUUUGUGGAAGCAGAGUCUGUGGGUUCUCCUGUGGACAUGAAGGAUUCAUCAGAGGCAUCUGGGCUCGAUGAGCAAAUCCAACAGGUCAUCAUCAUCCAGGGCUAUGGUGAGGGGGAGGUGGCCAUUGACCAGGCCCUGGAAGAGUCAGCUGCUGCCACCCUGCAGACGCUGGCCAUGGCCAGCCAGGUGGCUGAGGUGCUGCACAUCACCGAAGACGGACAGAUCAUAGCCUCAGGCAGGGAAGUGGCGGCCGCAGGGGCCCACCUGGCCGGAGGUAGCACCCAGUAUGUGGUGCUGGAGUCAGGGGAGGCCAGGGAGGAGCUGCAGGCUGUGGCUAGAGGAGGGGUGGCAGUUGCAGCUGCAGGACAAGGUCACAUUGUUUCAGAGUCAUCCACAGCUCUGGAUGCUUUGCUCAGCGCUGUGAGUGAAAUGGGCCAUCAGGAGGGAAUGCAGGGAGAGGCAGCUGUUGUUCAAGAGGUCUUGGCUUCUGAGACAUCUGAAGCAGCGCAGAGUGAAGUGCAGUCUGGGGUGAAACAGGAGCAGGAGGAGGUGCAGGUCAUCCAGGAGACAGACCAGGAGGAGAUGCAAGAGGUGCUGCAGCUUGCCGCAUCUCAGAUGAUAAAGGAAGGUCUGACCCAGGUCAUUGUCAAUGAUGAAGGCACCCACUACAUUGUGACAGAGCUGGACAACUGCACCUUACAGGUGGAGGGAGGCGUGUAUGAAGAAACCGCAGCAGGUGAUGGGCAGGUGCAGCAGGCAGAGCAACAAGCAGGAGAAGAGAUGGUGGUCUAUCUGGAUGGAGCUCCUCACAAUAUAGUCCUGGAAGGGUAGAGGAGAAAUGAGAUGACGGCAGGACACUUGUCAUUUGAUUUCAGUUUUUUUGACUAAUUCUUUUGAAGACUGCAUUAGGCCAAUGUUUUCCAGGUCUUCCUCUUCCCUUGUCCCCUUUAAUUUCAUCUUGUUUGAUUCUUUUUACAUCAUUUCUGUUCUUGACUAUCUUCUCUCGGGCUAUGCUAAACUCAGGUUAAAUAUCAUUAUUCGGAGGGACAGUGAAGAAUCGGUUUUGCUGCUGAGUCAAUUUACAAUCCUCAGAACCGCCAACCACUUAGAUUCACGCCAUGCAACUUAAGGAACUGAGUAUCAUUUUGAGUAUAAUAUUUUUAAGAAAGCAUUUAAUAUGCUGAACAUGAAAAGUCUUAAUAUAAAGAAUACAGAAGACUAAUUUGUUCUGUAGAGGUGUGAUACUGUACAUGUGGGAAUCAUUUGUGUAUUACCACCUUAAGUUUAGUUUUGCUAUGAUAGAAUUUUGUUCAUGUGCUGUUGUUCAUUUCUUAGCCUUUUCAGUUGUUUUUCUUUCCAUUGUUUGUGUUUAUUACUAUAUAUGUUCAUUUCCAAAUCAGUAAUUUGUUUUAUUUUGAAAUAUUUACAC